AGCAAGAAACGUUAACAACCUUGUCCAAGAAGAAAACGCAGCAAAGAGGGUUUCAGGCCUUUAAUGCAUUUCGGCCAUUGUUGAGUCCUCUAGGAGACAAGAAUAUUUAUUUGUGUAUGGAUGUUUGUGUGUGGGAGUAAAUACAUCUGGAAACAUGAACGCGUUGUUGCAGUGAAGUAGUGAUAGAAAGAGAAGGCUGUGCUGGUGUUCAUUAUGCUCGAGGAGGGCAUUAUGAAUUGUACCAUCAGCCAUGAAAUCCAUCAGUACGUCUUCUGCUUUGUGUAUAUCUUCGUACUAUUGGUGGGUGUUCCCUCCAACCUGUACUCUCUGUACCAUGCAACACUGCAGCUAAAGCAAAAGAAUGAGCUUGGGGUUUACUUGAUAAACCUCACUGUGUCUGAUCUACUAUACCUGGCAUCAUUACCACUCUGGCUCCAGUACUUUUUUCAGGAUGACGAUUGGCGACACAGGGAAUGGCUGUGUCAAUUGUGUGGCUUUCUUCUCUAUGAGAACAUGUACAUCAGCAUUGGGUUCUUAUGCUGUAUAAGUCUGGAUCGCUACCUGGCUGUCGUGCACCCUUUGAGGUUCACCUCCCUCCGCUCUUUGAGUGCAGCUUGUCUUUUUAGUGUCAUCAUCUGGCUUAAGGAGAUUGCAGUUGGCGUGGUUUUCUUCCGUCAUAAAGAGCUGAGCAAAAAUCCCAACAACCAAUCAGUGUGCUUUGAGCACUACCCUAUGCAGCCUUGGGAGUAUCCAAUCAACUACUACCGCAUCACCAUUGGUUUCAUGUUCCCGCUGACCAUCCUGCUGAUCAGCUAUCUGUGCGUGCUUCGUGCUGUGGGCCAGAGUGCAGGCACACAGCCAGAUCAGAAGACCAGAAUCCGACAGUUAGUCAGCAGUACCAUCCUCAUCUUCCUAGUUUGCUUCUCCCCUUACCAUGUCUUUCUGUUAGUACGCACUGUGCUGGAGAGAGACUGCAACUUUAUUACAGGGAUUUUCAACUUUUACCACCUAGCGCUGUUGCUGACCUCUCUGAACUGUGUGGCGGAUCCUGCUCUCUACUGUUUUGUCAGCGAAAGUGCCCGCCGAGGUCUUUCCCGGGCUAUUUUUCAACCUGUGACAAGACUUCUCUGUUGCUGCCUUGGCAGCUGCAGUGCCAGUCCCACCAACUCUGCCACAGAUUCCCACAAUGUUCUCACUGAUGAGAACAACACCCACAAGCAUGUGAUUAUGCUAGAUCACCUUGGCCAGAACUGCAGAAGUACAAUUCUAAUCACAGUGGAUGAUAAAAAAACAAUCAUACCAUUACCUUAAAAUUUCAAUAAUGGAAAGACUGCUAUGGAGGAGAGCCAGAAGAUAGAAAAGAUAUAGGAUUCUGUGAUGUGAAUGGGCAAAGAACAAGCAGGAGGGUGUCGACCUCAGGACGUCAUACCUCUGCAGCGUCCUCUGCAGCGUGGGAGUGACCAUUGCUAAUGCUGCUGCAUUUACAUUCUU